GAGGAAUUACUCAUGACACUUUCCAAAAGGAGCUCAUGUGCUUUGACCCUGAUACUGACAAAUGGAUCCAGAAGGCGCCGAUGACCACUGUCAGAGGUCUGCAUUGCAUGUGCACUGUGGGAGAAAGGCUCUAUGUCAUCGGCGGCAAUCACUUCAGAGGAACCAGUGAUUAUGACGAUGUCCUAAGCUGUGAAUACUACUCACCGAUCCUUGACCAGUGGACCCCAAUUGCUGCUAUGUUAAGAGGGCAGAGUGAUGUUGGGGUCGCUGUCUUUGAAAAUAAAAUCUACGUGGUUGGUGGGUAUUCGUGGAAUAAUCGUUGUAUGGUAGAGAUCGUGCAGAAAUAUGAUCCAGAUAAAGAUGAAUGGCAUAAGGUGUUUGAUCUCCCAGAAUCCCUGGGUGGCAUCCGAGCUUGCACACUCACGGUUUUUCCACCUGAAGAAACCACACCAUCACCUUCUAGAGAGUCCCCUCUUUCUGCACCGUAAAAUCGUCCCUGCAACUAAGAUGCUGUAGUCCUAUCUUUGCAGUGUGUCAUGAAUUCUCUUCUUUUGCCCCCUCUCCUUAAGUAGUGUAUGUUAGGAUUAUCCUCCAGUAAUUGAUACAAAUAUUGGAAAAAAGACAUUGAUGUUCUUUGUGCUGUUUGUUUGGCUUCGAGUGUUUAUAAAGUGGUAACAAACCAUUCUGGAAAUGUAUCCCAUAGAAGCUGAUAUUUAACAUACAAGAAAAAAAAAGUAUUGUCUAUAAGAUGUUUCUUCAGUACUUUUUGAUGCUGUGUACUGGAUGUAAGGUGUUUGUCAUCUUACAUUAGAAAAGCCCAAUAAACCAAGUUAAAAGGUGGAUUAUAGUAAAUGUGCAACUGUGCUAACUAGGCUUCAAAGUAAAAAGUUUUCCUUUCAUCUUUGACUGUGAGAUGUUAGAGGGAGACAGCCAGUUCCAACAGGAGACACCAGACAAAAGGUUGCCAACUCGCAUGAGCUACCUGCCUCUUUCCAUAAAGUAUUUUUGACAUAUCUGUCAGCCCUCCUGUCUGUGGGGGUGCAUUGAAAACACAUCCAAUUUCUUAGAUGCACAGGAGAAAUAAUCAUUGAAAUUCACCAAUCUUAAUUUUAAAAAAACAGCAUGACCCCUCAACUUGUAAACAAGGGUUUGGGGGUUUUUAGGUGUGUAUAAAUACAUGCACCCAUAUAUGUCAAAAAGGAAAUUUUUAAAAAUUGACUAGAAUGUCAAAUUAAUGCGAAAAAAUAAAUACUUUUAAAUUUCUUCCAAAAAGCAGCUUCAGUUAAAAUGGGAAUUCAGUAUGCACAUACUGAAUGCACAUAUGUAGAAUCAUACUGAAUUUAGGUGGACAAGGGCUAGAAAUUUUGAGCAACUAAAUUUGUCAUUUGACCAGAUUUUUCCCUCCAAAACUGUAAUCUACACCUUCUCCUUUGCUGUUGAGAUAACUUACAUAUUAUAUGUAUUCUGUAUACUCAGUUCAUAAGAUUAUUUAGCACACAAUAUAGCAGCUUCACCUGGUGAGCUGCUUUUGCUCAGUGAAUUCAACUUCCAUGUUCUAUCUUUUUUGUUCAAUAAAAAACAUUUGAUGUCA